AUGUGUUCUUCAGAAGCUAGGGCGUACCCCAGAAGCGACGCGCAUUGUCCUCGCCCGGGCAAUGUGGCAAAUAUGCGAGGGCUACCGGCUAGAGGACGAAGCCGGCCAAAGAAGUUAGUCCGCCAUCGCCAGCAACAUCCAGUGCGCUUGGCAACACUUAACGUUGGGACGCUUACUGGAAGAAGUCGUGAACUGGCAGACAGUCUCAGAAAACGCCGUGUUGACAUAUGUUGUGUACAGGAGACUCGCUGGAAAGGCUCCAAGGCAAGGGAAUUAGGCGAUGGCUACAAGCUGAUCUAUCACGGCACAUCAAAUCGCAACGGCGUUGGUAUCAUAUUGAACGAAUCGUUUAGAAAUAGCGUCACAGCGGUGGAUCGACUAUCGGAUCGCUUGAUGGUUGUAAAAGUAGAUACAGGAGAAGUGGAAUUGCGAGUCGUCUCUGCUUAUGCGCCACAAAUGGGCUGUAGUGAAGAAGAGAAGGCGUGCUUUUGGGAAGAUCUGGAGCAGUACGUCCAAUCCCUGGAAAGCGAAGAAGUACUUUUAAUCGGAGGAGACUUCAACGGACAUGUCGGUUCCCGGAAAGACGGAUUCGAGAGUUGUCAUGGUGGAUACGGCUAUGGAGCUCGUAACGACGACGGGUUGCGAAUCCUGGAGUAUGCUGUUGCAAGUGACUUGAUCAUUACUAACACGCAGUAUCGGAAAAGAAAAUCGCAUUUGAUCACGUACACCAGCGGCGGUCGUGAAACACAAAUAGAUUUCUGGAUGUUACGCCGACGAGAUCGCUGA